GACUCGGCGGAGGCCCAGCUGGAGUCCGCCCUGGAGCCGAGCACCGCGCAGCCCGCCCCGACAGGCGCUAUCGCCGCGACCCCCGAGCAGCAGCUCGAGAAGUUCUGGAGCCACCAGAGCGAGUCGCGCCAGACCAGCAAGGCCACUGGGAUCGGGGGCGCACGGGCGAUCGCAGAGGGCACGGCGAAGAUCGAAAUGGAAGAUUUAAUCGUGACCAUGCUCGGCGGCGAGGACGCGCGCGCGGCGCUGCCGAAUGAGCGCGCCACUCCCAGGCGCAUGGCCAACAAGGGCGGCGAGGAUUCCGGCGCAGCAAUUCUCGGCCGUUGCCCGUUGUUCGCGCGCACCGGCGCGCGCGCCAGCCAGGGGGCCGCCAACGCUAAGCAGGGGCAGGAAUCGACUUGGACCGACGCCGCGGCGGGCCCCAAGGACCCGAAGGCAAAGACGGCAGCGAAGAAGGGGCGCGAGAAGUUGGAGCUGGAUAAGCAAGCCAAGCG